UCGCUGUUACUGCUGCUAGCUUUAAUUAGCUUCAAGCUAACGUUAACUCAGCGCUGUGGUCGAGCUGCGUUUCUGCUAAAACUGUUGUUUAAAAGUGUUGACAUUUGUCUUCCCAGUGAAGAGUUUGUUUAAUAAACUUCAGCUUUAAGACGACAAGUUGACUCUUCUGCUAAAACUCGAUCCCUCUGUCCCCUUGGCUCUGGUCCUCAGUCUGUUUGAGUGGGUGACACUGGCUCCGGGCCAGUCCUCUAUAGAUGAAGAUGUCCCUGGCCCAGCGAGUGCUCCUCUCAUGGAUCUUUGCCCUGAUCUUCCUCAUCAUGCUGGUCCUCAAGCUGGACUCUAAAAUUCACUGGAACUGGUUCCUGAUCUUCUUGCCCGUGUGGACCUUUGACACCAUCCUCAUCCUCAUGCUGAUCGUGAAGAUGGCAGGCCGCUGCAAGCCAGACUUCGACCCCAGAGAUGGAGAGCAGAGUGUGAAGAGGAGGCUGUGGUACCUGACGGCGCUGCUGCUGAAGCUGGGCUUCUGUCUGACUCUGUGCUCCCGUCUGGAGAGACUCACGGAGACGUGGAUCAGCGUGGUUUGUGUCCCUCUGUGGGUGCUGCUGGGCGGAGCGCUGGUGGAGCUGGGACACAGCGUUUUCCAUUACAGGAGGGACUGAGCUACACAAGAGGACUAAAACUUUUUACACUUAAAUAUCUCAGACCAAGGAUGCAUCACUGAAAGUCAAUCAUGAACUUUGAUAGGAUCUUCUGCUCUAAGUUACUGUACACGAGGUCACUGCAGGGUGGAGGUUCAUGGGCUCCCAGAGAGUUCUACACUGGGCAGGUUUUAAUUAUAUGGAAGAGAAAUUAUCACGGGAGAAAACAUGACAUGCUUUCACUCACUACCUUAGGAUGUGUUCCUGUGCACACCACUUAUUAUGGUAUGGUUUUCACAUUUAGAGUAAAUCCAGCCUUCACUACACGUCUUUUAUCAACAGUCAAGAAAGAAGCUGGCUUCACUUCGCUCCUUGCUACGCAAAACUUUGACGUGCAAUUGAAAGCUCCGUUUUUCUGCACUGCGUGCCACUGAGCCAUAUCACAUGUGAAACCGUUUUUACAGAGAAUACUAUUUCUUAAAAUAGCCCUCUAUCAUUAACACUGAAUGUAAAGUCAGAACUUUCCAUCUGUAUGGAUUAAACAUCAUUUGCACUUUAAAAA